UGUUGUUUCUGCUCAUCAUCUUUCAAGUUCUAGAGAGAGAGAUAGACUGAGAGAAGAGAAACCCAGAGAGUAGAUAAGCUUCAGCCAGAACCAGAUACAUAAAAAGCAAAGUUUUGAUCUUUCUUGGUUGAGAAUUCAGAAAUGAAAAACAAAAACAAGACAAAACCCAGUUUUCUUUAGUGAAACACAAGAAGAAGCAGCAAAAGUUGGUAGAGAAUCAGAAAGUUUUUAAGAGAAGAAGAGCCCCCCAAGUUUGUUGUUUGUUGUUUCAGAGAUGGGUUGUUGUUAUUCAAGAGUAGAAAGAGAGGAGAUGGUAACAAGAUGUAAAGCAAGAAAAAGAUACAUGAAACAAUUAGUAAAAGCAAGACAAGCUUUUUCAGCUGCACAUAUAUUAUAUCUAAGAUCUUUAAGAGGAACUGGUUCUGCACUGUUACAGUUUGCAACAGCUGAAACAAGUCUUCAUCAUCACCAUCAGAAGCUUCAUAAUCAUAAUCAUAAUCAUGUUCCAUCAUCACCAGCACCAUUAACACCACAACCACCACCACCACCACCAAUGAGUCCAAUAAGUUCUGAUAACUGGACAUCAGUUACAGCUUCUCCACUACCACCACCACCACCACCACCACCUCAAUCAGCUUGGGAUUUCUGGGACCCAUUUACUGUUGAUCCUUCAGCAUCGAGGUCUAUUGUUACUGAAGAAGAGGAUUGGGAAGCUACUACUACAACUACUUCUGAAGUUGUAACAACAACAGCUAUCACAUCAGCAAGUAUUGCUGCACCACCUUCUGUUAUUACUAGUUGUUCUAAGGAUACCACUGUUACUAGUGAACUUGCUAUGGUUGUCUCAAGAAAUACUAAAGAUCUUGUUGAGAUUAUUAAAGACCUUGAUGAGUAUUUCCUCAAAGCUGCUGAUACUGGUGCUCAUGUUUCUGUUCUUUUAGAAAUUUCAAAUUCUAGUUUCUCAUCUGAUCAGCUAAGAGCAUCAGGUGAAUGGGGUUUUUCUUUCUUCUUUGUUUGUCCUAUGUACUGUUGUAGGUUCUUAAUUGAAUUAAUGGGGUUGUUUUCUUUUGCAGGUAAGGUGUAUAACUAUGGCAGAAACUUCAGUCCAUUAAUGUGGACAUGGGGUUCAAAUUCUAAAUCAAGUGGGUUUGGUAGGUUGGAUGAGAAGAUAAUAGCAGGAAGUAAUGCUGGUAAUGGAAGCUUUCUUAAUACUAGUCACUGUUCUACUGUUGAAAGGCUUUAUGUUUGGGAGAAAAAACUGUUCCAAGAAGUAAAGGAAGCUGAGAGUAUUAGGAUAGAGCAUGAGAAGAGAGUGUCACAGUUGAGGAAACAAGAGAUUAAAGGAGGUGAUUAUAUGAAGAUUGAGAAGAACAAGAAAGAAAUUCAGAAAUUGGAAUCAAGAAUGAUGGUGGCUUCUCAGGCCAUGGAGACUACUUCUUCAGAGAUCAUCAGAUUGAGGGAAUUUGAGCUCUACCCACAACUACUUGAACUAGUCAAAGGCUUGAUGAUCAUGUGGAGGAGCAUGUAUGAAUGUCACCAAGUUCAAACCCACAUCGUUCAGCAGCUCAAGUUUCUCAACAUCAUCCCAUCCCUUGACCCGACAUCUGAAAUCCAUAAACAAUCAACUCUCCAGCUUGAGCUCGAGGUCCAACAGUGGCACCUCGCAUUCUGCAACCUCAUGAAGUUCCAGCGAGAUUACAUUCACUCACUCACAGGCUGGCUUCGUCUCAGUCUCUUCCAUUUUAGCAAUCAUCCACUUACUAAAACCAAACAGAAUGCCGCAAUCUACUCUCUCUGUGAUCAGUGGCAGCUUGAACUUGAUAGAAUUCCAGACAAGGUAGCCUCAGAUGGGAUCAAUGGCCUUUUGACAGUAAUUCAUGCCAUUGUUGUUCAACAAGCAGAAGAACAGAAACAAAAGAAGAAGUCGGAGGCUGCUUUCAAGGAACUCGAGAAGAAGGUGGUUGAGCUUCGAUCAUUGGAGUGUAAGUAUGGGCCUUUCUCUACGGUGGGAAGUUCUAGUCUUAAAGGAAAUCGAGACCUGGUCGCAGAGAAGCGUGCAAAGGUUGAUAUUCUGAAAGCAAAAGCAGAGGAGGAGAAAUCAAAACAUGAGAAGUUGGUGAAUGUGACGAGAGCAAUGACAAUCAACAACCUGCAAAUGGGGUUCCCAAAUGCUUUCGAGGCAAUUACAGGAUUUUCUAGAGUGUUCAUGAAUGCAUUCGAGACCGUUUACAACCAAGCUAAAAGCACUGGCGAGAAUCAUGAAUUGAAGAGGAUACUCGCUUAAGAAGAUGGUGAGAAAUCUGUGUAUAUGUGAUAACUUAUUUCGGUUGUAGUAGGGUUUGGAUCCUAGUGCUUUUCAACAUCAAUAUUUUGAUCUUGGCGCUCCCUAUCUCAAUAACAAAAUACAAGUUCUUAGUUAAAACUUGAUGACAUGGAUUAGUGCGAUAUAGUAAAUUUGCCAGGGAGCUGUACUGUAAGUAAUGCGUCAGCCAUAAUUAACUGCAGCACAUACAAUAGAACGGAGGAACAUACAGUAUUAUUGAUCAGGAAAAAUCAAGAUAGGGAUCCGUGAAAUUUGUGUUUGGAACUUGAUACACAUGUAGUUUUAAUCUUAUAUAUAUAUAAUGGAACUUGAAACUUUUCUGAUGCUUUUUAUGGGCCAAUUCUGUCUGGGUUCGAUAAAGUUGUGAAAAGAUUUAAACAGAAGUCAACACAAAACCUGAAAUUACUUGCAGUAAAAUCGUCAACCUAAUGAAACAAAUGAAAAUAAGAAGGAAAAAGAUGCAGAUAUGCGACACUAUUACAUUAUAUGCUGUUAAUGUACAGUGAUCAAAGUCGAAAGAUGGCCAAGAGUAUGUCCAUAACUCAUCCAGGAGCCUACACUCCUCUACUUACUUUUUCUAACCGAAAAUAAAAAAAAAGAGGUGAAAGUACUGUUGUCUUUCUUUCCUGUAAUGUCUGUACCAACACAUACCACGAAGAGGAAUUAAAAGUGGAAUUA